AUGCGCUUAGAAGAGCUGUGGUCUAAGCUGGCAACCUUGGGCUGGGUUACCGUUAUGGUAGGAUGCCAUACGCCCAGCAGCGAGCUAGAAUCUGUCAGAUACGGACCAGCUGAUGAAAGAUUCGGCAGCGAUACUUACACUGUGGCCAAUAUCAAUAUCACGUAUGAAGAUGAACACGGCAAGCUGUACACGGAGACCUCGGAGGUUCAAGAUGCUCAGGAUAAGAAAUCGGAGUAA